AUAAAAAGUGAUAUUGCAUCAGUUGAACAAGAUUAUGUAUAGGUGUGUUACCAGGAUUCAUUUGACCUGCACUGUUUUCAUUCAGGCUGCCAAGAUAAAGGAACAGUCGGCUCUACUACUAUGGCUAAAGGACAUUGUAAAUCACUUUUGGUGGUGUUGCAAAAAAGCAGAAAACUUUGAAGAGUUCUUGAUACUGUGGGUUGGAAUAAUCCACCACGUAUGCAAUGAGCAUGAGUGGGCAACUGGCCAGUGUCAACAUGGUCCAAUAGAGGAAGCCCAAAAGGAGUGGAUAGAGAAAGAUUCAAAGGCUCAUGAGGCGCUUGUGGAUAUUGUUCUGAAGAAGCGGUGGCUGAAGGAUAUCCAUAAGUACUUGCGUUUUAGAUCUACAGCUGACUUGGAGAGCUUUCACAACCACGUCCUCAUGUAUGCAAGCAAGCAUUUUGCUUUCACUCCUCCAGUCUAUGAAGCCCGUGUUAUUCUGGCUGCCCUGGACUACAACUUCCAUCUUGGUCGGCCAACAAGACAGAGAGCAGACGGCUCCAACAUGUACACACGGAUUUUCAGAAAACAUGCAAAACGUUAUAGCGUUUAUGCAUUGAAGACACCAAAAACAUAUGGCUACAUUCAAGCGCUGCAGACUGAGGUGGUGAAGUGUAGAUUGGAAGCAGAUAAAGGCAUGCCAAGAACACGGACACUGAGGCCAGAUGAUCCACGCAAGCUUGGUCGACUUCCGCCUGUACCUCCCCCCUCCGUUGAAGAACUUGUACAAACACAAGUGAAAAGGGGCCUCGGUCCAGAAUUCAACACCAAUCCUCCCUCUGUAUAAGGAUGUUGUCAGACCUACGAUGACGACCAACACAGAGCAGAAAGCUGUCUGCAGAUGCAGAAUCUACAUCAUAGCAGAUACUGACGACCUCCUGCUCCAUUCCUCCUCUCUGAUGAACAAGACUCGGAGUCACUUGAAGUCCCACACUUGAUUCAGGACCUCAUCAGCCAACCCAGAGGAAGUAUUCCAGCCUUUUCCCU